AACAAUUAUCAUGGCUACGGAAACGAUCGAAUCGGAGAAUCAACAAUUGAAACAUUUAGGGUUUAUCAAGAUUGCUGCUAUUAAUACCUUGAUAUGUGUAUCAAACCUUUACGAAUACGCUAAACAGAAUUCAGGGCCUUUGAGAUCUGGUGUUCGAACUGUCGAGGGUACUGUUACGACUGUUGUAGCCCCCGUCUGCGAGAAAUUCAGAGAUGUUCCUUACAAUCUUCUCGUCUUUCUUGACAAGAAGGUAGACGAAGCAACAAAUAAGUUCGAUAAAGAUGCACCUUCUUUGGCGAAGAAGGUUGUUAGCCAAGCCUCAUGCUUAGUCCAGAAGGCAACAAAGGUCACCCAAACGCUUGUAUCUAAGGCUCGAACUGGUGGUUUACCUGCAGCUAUAAGCUGUGGUCUGGGAAUAUACAAGGAGUUUGUAUUGGAACAAUCGGUAAGGAUUUGGUUUAUGCUUCAGCAGGUUCCACACUUUAAGAGAGGAGCAGAGAUGGUUGUUCCUACAGCUGCUAAUUGCUCGGACAAGUACAACAAUCUUGUCAUGGACAUGAGGCAGAAGGGUUACUCUGCAUUUGGUUAUCUCCCUAUUGUACCUCUUGAGAAAAUAGCAAAGACAUUCAACAAGAAGGGUGAAUGAAGCAGUGAAGGAAGGUGCAAAGCACAACUAGUAUUUCUAGAGAGAAAGUUGCACAUCAAGUAACUACUUCGUUUAUGGUUUAGUUUGAUUAGUUUGGGUUUGUGUGUGAAGAUUUUAGUUGGGGUGGAUAGAAAUGUAAUCUGAAUUUGAUCUAAAGGAUUAAACUACUUGACCAUC